GCGAACGAAGUCGACGAAAAAAAUCUUCUUCAUAUUGGUGGUGGUGAAUAUACUGGAAUUAUUAUUAAUCGUUCAUCGAAUGAGGAGCCAAUGGACCAUAUUUUAAAUUUAUUAUUUAAAGGUGCUAAAUGUGAUGUAAUACUGAGUUUUUCGGUUUGGCUUCAUGAUGGUAUCAAGAGAAAUCAGGAAAAUCGAAUUCUUCGUUUUAGAUUUUUUGACAGUAUCGGCCAUGUGGAAAAGCAUAAAAUAGCACAACAAUUUUUCAAGGAUUUAGUUAGCACAUUUCCAAAAGAUUAUGUUACUUUUCUAAAACGUGUUAUGAAGCAAUUACAAAGUGGAUAUAAUACAUUACGUGAAGUUGAGAUUGAUAUACGUUUCGCAAAAGAUGGAGAAAUUUAUAAUAUGCCUGAUCCGAAAGAUUACGAUUCCGAUUCGGAAGUGGAAAAAGUCACCAUCGGUCAUGUUCAAGAAGUACUGGAGCACGCCUAUCCGAAUGGUCUUUCCGUUGAAAUUAUAGCAGAAUCUCUUCGAUGUACGAUACAAGAAAUUGAACAAUAUCUCUUACAGUUGAAUUCGCUUGGUAUUGCACAGAAACUUCAAAAUGAAUGGAUUCGUACAGGUAUCAUUGAAUUCUUCAUAAUGCAUGUUGAUAAUACAAAAUUAUCAACUGGUAUGAUUAGUCGUGAUAUGGCUCCUACAAUAGCAGUUAUAACAUGUUUGUUUACUGAAAAGCAAAGUAUUGACGCUAUUAUGGAUGAAUGUAAUACUUUGCAUCGAUAUCGGUCUGGAGGUGAUUCAAAUAUUUAUACAAUGGGAUGGAUUGGAAAACAUCGUGUUGUUGCUACUAAACUUGCUGUUAUUGGUGAUACUCGAGAAGCAACUACGUCAGCUGGAUCGAUAACAACGCGUCUCUUAGGUAAUUUCCAAAAUGUAGAGCACGUUUUUAUAGUUGGUGUAGGUGGUGGCGUUGCUCAUUAUACCGAUGCCGAUUGCCAUGUUCGUCUUGGAGAUGUCGUUGUGAGUUCAUCAGAUCCAGAUUCUUAUAUUUUUGCGCAUUCAUACACGUUGAGCAGAGAGACGGGUAAUGUUACUGGCUUUUUAACGAGAAAAUGGAAUCCUGUGAAUAACAUUAUCAGCAUGAUUGCUAAAAAUAUGGAUGAAAAAAUGGUGGAAGAAUGGAAUGAUUCUACUUAUUCAAUGAUUAAACAAUUGAAUGCAGCAAAUUCAGACGUGAAUUUCUCAAGACCUCCUCCUGAAGCUGAUUUACUUGCUCUUCCAAUUGGUAGUGGUCAAGUCGUGAUUAUCCCACAUCCAAAUCAACAACGUAAUGAUUCUGUUGUACAUGUUGGGCCGAUAGGUGCAAUGAUUUCUUGUAAAAAACGAAUGCUGCUAAAUGAUGAUCAAGUAUAUAUAAUAUCAACCGAGGAUUCUUCGAAGGAUAUAGCAUUACAGUUGCGUGAUCGUUUUGCCGCUGAAUAUCAUUUGCGUGCUGUCGAUGCCGGUUUCGAUUCAGUAAUUGCAGCAGUUGUUGGAUCACGUAUCGAUAGUUGGGCUCUGAUUCGUGGAAUUACUGAUUAUCAACACGGUCAAAGUCGUGCUGGACGUUUGUGGCAGGCAUAUGCGGGUGCACGAGCUGCGGCCUUAACAAAAUGCCUAAUCAAGCAUUUACCGCUCUAUAACGAUAAUGUAGAUUUUGAUUAUUGUUUUGUUUCUGUUAUGUCUAUCAAUUUGACAUCAAAUUUCUUUCGCCUUUUGCGAGAAUUUCGUCGGAAUGAUUUGGUGAAAUUUAAUGAGAAACAUAAAGAGUUAUAUGAAGAUGCGAAAAAAAAUUCAUCAUAUUUAUCAGUCAUAUCACAUUACUAUUCGGUUAUGUCAGUGAUUAUUGAUGAAUAUUUUAAUGGGAAUUUCCAUUUUGUUCCUCCUCAGGUUAAAGGUCAAACGUUAGAUGAAGCACUAUUGGCAUUGCAUAAACGUAUCGCAAAUUUGCUUGAUCUCAAGAAAGGUAAAAAAUGUUUGGAUAUUGGUUGUGGAAUAGGUGGCAUUAUGCGAGAUAUUGCUGAUAGUGGUGCGUCUCUAACUGGUGCAACCAUAGCACCUAAUGAAGCUCAAAUUGGAAAUGAACGUUUUUUUAGGGAAGGAAUUUAUAAUUGUCAAAUUGUCGAAUGUGAUUGUAAUCAUAUGCCAUUUGAAGAAGGCAUUUAUGAUUCUGCAUAUGCGGUUUACGCAUUGAAAUAUUUCGAAGAUUUGUCACCAGUUUUAAAUGAAAUCAGUCGAGUUCUUCGUCAUGGUGGUCGUUUAGUCAUUUACGAUCUGCUAAAAACAGAUAAAUUUGAUGCGACAUCGCAUGAACACAGAAAGAUUUUGGAAGAUUUAGAAUAUGCUUGUGGAAUGCCUAUGCUUCAUUUUAGAGAUGAAAUGAUAAUAAAAGCCGAAGAAAAUGAUUUGAAAUUAAUUGAUGCGAUAGAUUUGUCAUUAAUAACCGGUUAUCCGUAUUAUUAUUGCUUUUCCAGCUCGAAAUUAUUUAUGUGGCUUAUAAAAUCUUCGUUUAUUUCGUAUUUGAUCUCAAUAUCGCAAGCGUUGGGUAUAUUACCGAAAGGUUUCCAUCAAUUUUAUAAAACUUUUCUUUCGGGAACCGUCUCAAAAAUUGUGCAAGCUGGGCAAUUAAAUAUUCUGUCUGGCUCAGAAAUUUUGCUCUUCGAAAAAAAAUAA